CAGCGAUCCUCCUACCUCAGCCUCCCAGUGCUGGGAUUACAGGCCUGCGCCACCACGCCCGGCUUGGAUCCUAUUUCGAAGCCUCGCGCCUCCGGAAAGGCAGGACUGGCAGGCGGAUGGGCGGCUUCCAGAGGCCUCAGCACCUUCCUUAAAUCAGAGGGGAGACCCACAGAGGCUUCCUCUCAGCCCCAGACCGAGGGCUUUCUGCACCCUACUUCCUAUGCCUCCAACAGGGCCUGGGCCUCCGGUCAUUUUCACCAUGGUGGUUCCGGAGCCACUGCUGCGCCUCAGCGACCUUGUCGCUUCUCGCCCCCGGGAGGAUUAGUGUCCAGGUUACCCCAGGUUGCUGCCACCACUGGGUGGCCUUGCCGCCCCCACAGCCCACAGGUAUAAAGCUAGGGAGACGGUAGGUAGGGGCAGCAUCGAGAAUGGAGAUGCUCCAGGGGCUGCUGCUGGGGCUGCUGCUGAGCACGAGCGGGGCCUGGGCCUCCAGGGGCCUGCUGCGGCCCCUCUGCCGGCCCAUCAACGCCACCCUGGCCGCGGAGAACGAGGCCUGCCCGGUCUGUGUCACCUUCACCACCAGCAUCUGUGCCGGCUACUGCCCCAGCAUGGUGCGGGUGCUGUCGGCCGCCUUGCCACCCGUGCCCCAGCCGGUGUGCACCUACCGGGAGCUGCGCUUUGCCUCCAUCCGGCUCCCCGGCUGCCCGCCCGGAGUGGACCCUGUGGUCUCCUUCCCCGUGGCGCUCAGCUGCCACUGUGGGCCCUGUCGCCUCAGCAGCUCUGACUGCGGGGGUCCCAGGGCCCAGCCCUUGGCCUGUGACCUCCCCCACCUCCCAGGUGUCCUCUUCCUCUAAGGACCCGUGCAGCCUCCCCAAUAAAGGCAUCUCAA